AUGGAUGCUUUGGAGAACGAUAUGAGCACCUUCGAGAGAAAUUCUCGGAGUGGGGUAUGGACUCGUCCUCAAGUCAUGAGGCACAUCCAGAAGGGUCUUCGAGGAGUCCACACCCUGAGCGUCCAGGACAAGGAUCAGCUGGCAACAGGCCUUAGCUCUGUCUUCGAUGUCUGUCUGUGUGCAUAUGAAGCGGACCCAUGCAUAGGGUGCCAUAAUGAGGAGAAUGAUAGGAUCGUGAUAUCCCAAGACUCUGAUUUUUUUGCGUACGAACGAGUCUGCUUCCUAGUGCGACCCCUUCCGCACCGUAGACGGAAGUUUGGGGUUUACGAUAACCUCGAGACCUUAGGCCCGGCUAAUAAUCUUCGAUUAAUUCGAAAGGUUGCGUGGGACGAGAACUACAAUAAAAUGCUUCGGGACUACCUAAGGGAAGCUAGUAAGGUGUUGGGAAGGAACGCAGCCUCUGAAGAAGGCCGUUUCAGAGUAGCUCUCCGCAUUUUUACUUCCGGCCAUCAAACGUCGGCCCAAGCGUUACCAUUGAACAAUGAGUUCGAUAACUUCAAGCAGCGUCUACUCAAUGGAGAGGAUCUUCGCCAUAGAAUGGCUCAGCAAAGGCGAGCGCAGCGCCGUAGAACAGGCGCACCAUCAUUCUAUAUAGCGGAAGGGUCACAUAGGAACCAGUUCCGGCCCAUCUUUUCUGACAAGGCGAGCAUAUUGAAUGGGCGCACAGUUGAUAUCAAUAACUGCCGUCAGCACGAUAGGUCGGGCCUUAAGCAUCCACCACGUCGGAAAAAGGCAAAAAAGAGGCAACAGAAAAAACAAAAGCGGAAGCACAAAGGCAAGAAGCCCCACAGGGCUAAAAAAGAAGGUGCACCAAUUAGGAACUUGAAGAAUGCUACGAAGGUUGAUCACAGCUACAGCAGUAAGCACCCUAUCAAGGCCUUAACAAUUGGGUCCCUUAAGGCCUCCAUGGCAAGGAAAGGCGGACUGGACGCAGAUGAAAGAGAUAGUAUUGCAAACCAGAUCUGA